CGCGGUCGCCUGGAGAGGAGCCAUAUUUCCAAGUGGGGCUCCACACGGAGACCCUGCUGUGGCUGGUGCGCCCCGCCGAGGCCGCGCCGCAGAUGUGUCUGUGGGAUAUUUAGGAAGAGUUGAUUGAAUUCAGCACUGGCAGGCUCAGCCUGUCCAGCGUGGAUCCUCCCCACAGGAUGGCUGACCUGGUUUUGUGUGAACCGACGGAGCUUUACAACAUCUUGAACCAGGUCACGCAGUUCUCCAGACUAACGGAGCCCAACUAUCUCUGUUUGUUGGAUGUUCGCUCCAAACGGGAGUACGAUGAAAGCCACGUGAUCACAGCCAUCCGUGUAAAGAAGAAGGAUGGCAAGUUUCUGGCACCGGAAUCAGUGGAGCUGGAGUGCGUGAGGUACUGUGUGGUGUAUGACAGUAACACCAGCUCCCUGGAGAGUCCCUUGAAAGACGGUGACAACGAAGAUGAAGAUGACAGGGAAGAAGACACUGUCUCUGAGGAUUUACUCAUAAAGCAGAGGCUGUCCACUGGAGCCGCUGUGUUGUAUGCUCAAACCCUGACGCAUCUCACCCGCCACCCCAUCCUCGUCCUGAACGGUGGUUACGAGCGCUUCUCAGCCUACUACCACUUCUUCCGGACACAAAAGAUCAUCUGGAUGCCUCAGGAGUUGGCUGCCUUCCAGCCGUACCCCAUUGAAAUCCUGCCAGGUAGGAUCUUCCUGGGCAGUUUCUCACAGGCCUGCGACCCCAAGAUUCAGAAGGAUCUGAAAAUCAAGGCACACGUCAAUGUCUGUAUGGAGACGGGGCCCUUUUUUAGAGAUGACCCCGAGAGGCUGCUGCACAUCCCGAUCGAGGAUUCCCUGGAAGCCAAGAUGUUCCCCUCCUUCCGCCACCUCUGCCACUUCAUCACCGCUCACCUCCAGAUGGGCUCUGUCAUUCUGGUCUUUUCCACCCGAGGGAUCAGUCGCAGCUGUGCAGCCGUCAUAGCCUUCCUCAUGCAUGAGAACCAGGAAACCUUGAAGAGGUCCUGGGACCACGUCCGGAAGUGUCAGAACAACAUGCACCCUAACCGGGCCAUGGUGGCUCAGCUGCUGGACUGGGAGAGGAUUGUGUUGGGCGACAGCGUCACUGACACUUCGGACCCGCUCUUCUGAUGGGUGCCUGGGGACUGCCUGUGGGUGGCAGGCUGGAGUGUGUACCCAGAUAGGUCUGG